UAAUGUUUAACGCUUACCUGCACACACGUCCCUGCACUUUUCUUUUUUUUUAAAAAAAGCUUCGAAGAAUCAAUGGAGAUGCUGUGAAGAAAUUUUUGAGCUAAAAAUGUUAAGAUAUAAAAUUUAUCUUAAUCUCAUUUUUUGCUUAUUUAGUUUCUCCAUUUCUUCAGCUAAGCAAGGACCAUGGGUUAUGCGCAUAAGCUGCGGAGCUCGUGUAAAUGUGCAUACCCCACCUACUAAUACACUUUGGUAUAAGGAUUUUGCGUAUACAGGAGGCAUUCCUUAUAAUGCAACGAUUACGAGUUAUGUUGCUCCUCCACUUUCGACACUCCGGUUUUUCCCCCUGUCUGAAGGUCCUAACAAUUGCUACAACAUUAGAAAUGUGCGAAAGGGACAUUAUUCUGUAAGGGUGUUUUAUGCAUUGGUUGCACAUCAUGAUCCUGAUCCUAACUCUGAUAGUGAACCGUUGUUUGAUAUCUCUAUCGAAGGAACACAGAUUUAUUCUUUACUGUCCGGUUGGAGUAGCCAUGAUGACCAAGUAUUUACUGAAGCUCAAGUGUUUCUUACAGAUGGCACUGCGUCUAUCUGUUUCCAUAGCACUGGUCAUGGCGAUCCAGCGAUCCUUUCGGUCGAGAUUCUUCAAGUUGAUGAUAGGUCGUACUAUUUUGGUCCGGAAUGGGGUCAGGGGAUAAUCCUUAGAACAGUAACCAGGUUUAGUUGUGGUAAUGGGAAGUCAAAAUUUGAUGUAGAUUAUAGCGGUGAUCGAUGGGGUGGGGAUAGGUUUUGGAAUCGCAUGACAACAUUUGGCCAAGGUUCAGAUAAAGCUAUAUCUACCGAAAAUAGCAUUAGAAAGGCUUCAAAUGCACCGAAUUUUUACCCGGAAGCUCUUUAUCAAACUGCUCUUGUUAGUACUGAUAUUCAGCCAGAUUUAACAUAUACAAUGGAUGUGGAUCCUAAUAAAAACUACUCAAUUUGGCUACAUUUUUGUGAGAUUGAUGUUUCAAUCACUGGUAUGGGGAAAAGGGUUUUUGACAUCCUGAUUAAUGGUGACACUGUUUUUGGAGCUGUAGAUAUCGCCAGAAUGAGUGGGGAUCGUUAUACUGCUCUUGUGCUUAAUACAACAGUUGCUGUUAAUGGACGAACUUUGACAAUAACCUUGCGUCCUAAAGAAGGAAACCAUGCUAUAGUCAGUGCCAUUGAGGUCUUUGAGAUUAUCACUGCCGAAUCCAAAACCUUACUGGAUGAAGUUAGGGCUUUGCAGACACUGAAGAGUGCCUUGGGCCUUCCCCUUAGAUUUGGAUGGAAUGGUGAUCCAUGUGUUCCCCAGCAACAUCCAUGGAAUGGAGCAGAUUGUCAAUUUGACAAAACUAGCAGUAAAUGGGUCAUCGAUGGGCUCGGUCUUGACAACCAGGGUUUGAGGGGUUUCUUGCCAGGUGACAUGUCUAAGCUUCGGCAUUUGCAGAGCAUAAACUUAAGCAGUAACAGCAUUCGUGGAACUAUUCCAUCAUCAAUUGGAUCAAUAACCAGCUUAGAAGUACUGGACCUCUCCUACAAUUUCUUUAAUGGAUCAAUACCUGAGAGCCUUGGGCAGUUGACAUCAUUGCGGAGAUUGAAUCUCAAUGGCAAUUCUCUGUCUGGAAGAGUCCCAGCUGCUCUGGGAGGAAGGCUUUUGCAUGGAGCUAGCUUCAAUUUUACCGAUAAUGCUGGUCUUUGUGGUAUACCUGGAUUGCGGGGGUGUGGACCCCACCUCUCAGCUGGUGAAAAAAUUGGCAUUGCCUUUGGUGCAUCAGUGGCAUUCCUCCUUAUGGUUAUCUGUUCAAUGUGUUGGUGGAAAAGACGACAGAAUAUUCUCCGCACACAGCAGAUUGCAGCAAGAGGUGCUCCGUAUGCCAAGGCGAGGACCCACAGUGCGCAUGAUAUCCAGAUGACAAGGCAUUAUAAUCACGGCAAUGCACGGACAGCUGCUGAGAAUGGGCCAAGCUUACUGUCAUGAUAAUCGGCCAUGAUCUUCAGAUAUCAUUCCAACUUGAAAUUUCCUCUUGCUGCGGUUUCUGGAAUCGGAGAUGCAUCAAAACAUGUUAAUCCCCUUACCUGAUGAUUGAUUUGGCACAUAUCUCAACCAGCAGUUCUGCCCAAUGUAUGCGCCCAUUUCCUCAAGGUUUUGGGCAGUGAAGUUGGAAAAACCAAAAAUCAGGUAGAAGCACCUCUGAAAACAUCAAUGCUUUCUUUAGUGCUAUCAAAUGUCACCACAUAGAGUGAAAAUCAUGUACAUUUCUUCAAUUCUUUGGUUAGUUAAGAAAUGAAUCUGAUGCAUAUAAAUAUGCUUGAAAAUAUAUACCCUAAUUUCUACUCUGCA